AUGGAACCCGAGGAGCCUCAAGUGCUCCAAUAUACGCCCCAGCAUAGCAACAGCUUCAAGCGUCCGCGCCGCAGUCUUCAGAGCAGCACCCCCCUUAGCAGCGUGUGCGAGAGCGCGUCGCCCUCACCCCGUCUGUCCGGCCAACCUGCCUUCCUGACUCCCGAGGUCAUUGAACAUAUCAACGCCCUCAAGCACCUGAAGGAUGACCAGAUCUUCCUAUUGCUGCAGGCGGCUCGCAAUGGAGGUCAGUCUCGUCGCCAUUCCGCCCGAGCCAAUCUGACCAUGUCGCCAGAUCACACGCGUCUUUCCGGUCCGGAUCGCUCGUCCAUGUCAACGGUUGGUAGCCGGGCGUCCUCGUACCUGAGUGUCCCCUCGAGCAGAGUUACGAGCAUGCUCUCCGAUCCCCGAUCAUCAAUCGCCUCCACAGACUCGUCCUUCACCAACUAUAGCGCAACCUCCACCUCGCGACUCUCGACAACAUCUUGCCGACCACUCUCGACUGCCUCGACGGCAUCGGCACCUAAGAACUUCGUUUGCACCUUCUGUGAAAAAGCGCUAAAGUCGAAGCCCUACUGGAAAUCGCACGAGGAGGAGUUUCACGAGCAAAGGCUCACGUGGCGUUGUCCUGACUGCGAACAACUGUUCCAUGCGGGCAAGCGCUUCCGCGAACAUCACACUAAGCUUCACGGAUGCGAGGACUGUAAACAACCUAGAGAGAGCGGGCAACCCACCAGUAGAAAAGCCUCACCAUGUGUCAAGAAAUACGAGCUUGUCAUGCACGAUAAGGAUGCCUGGGGAUGCGGUUUCUGCGCAAGCUUGCUGACCACAUGGGAAGAACGCUGCGAGCAUAUCGCUCUCCAUUUCGAGGAAAAACGGAACAAGUGGAACUUCACCAACGUCAUCCUCGGUCUGCUCAAGCAAGCGGAUGUCGCGCCGGCGUGGCAAGCUUUGCUUACUCAGCGGCAUGGGGAGGAGCAGAAUUGGCCUCAGUUGACGUGGGAGUCCAAGAAAUGCAAUCGGCUACGGUACAAGCUCGAAACAAAGUGGGACAACAGGGCCUUCGACAUUGACGCUCUUGUCCGCGAGACGUACGAGCUGGCCGAUAUUGAUGCAGCCGCUUCGAAUGAUGCACCCGAGGUCAAGGAGCCUGCGACGAAUGAAAUAUCUGCGGACUGCAAGCUGGAGUCAUUUGAAAUCCCCACAGAGCACACGCUUCCGAGCUCGCAAGAGAUUCCUGCGGACACCAGCAUGAUGGAACUGGAUUCGGUUGACGUCCACGAUGUUUCGCAGCCAGAACUGCAGCAGAGUCAGUGGCCUGUCGCGACAGACAUGUCGCAGGCAGCAAUGAGCAGCGAGGUCAACAUGGGUGCAUUUGGGGGAUAUCCGUCGCAUAUGAGCUCCAUGUCGACGGAUUUCACGCAGCAUGUGUCCCACAGCUACCAUCAGCCUGCGUGGCCGGAUGCAGGCUUCGCCUCUACGCCAGAUCUGGUCAAUUUCCAGCAGCAGGGAAAUUACAUGACAUACACGCCUACAAAGGGAGUUAUCCAGGUGCCCACCUCCCAGUUUUCGAGUUUCGCGCGGCCCGCUUCCCAGCACAGCUCGCAACAGGCGCACACCGGCUUUUCGCGUCCGUCUUCGCAGCAUACGUCCCAGCAUCCCAUGGCAGCGUUCUCCCAAUAUCAGCCUAGACAGAGCGUUCCUCCGAAUUUCCUGCACCAUUCCAGCAGCACGGGUUCGCGAAAGUACAUUCCAAGACUGAUCAACAUCACAAGCUCGGCGCAGCGAGCCGUACACGGAGACCAGCCUCCCCCUCCCCCUCCUAAGGACGACCACCGGUUCUCGAGGAUCAUGAUGCGACGACGACCGAGCAACAUUUCCCAGCAUACCGUUGUCGCCCAACAAGGCUGGAAUGACGAGAUGAAUUGGGGAUAG